UCAGUUGGUUGAAAUUCCUCCAACAAAAAAAAACUUUUGAAUUUAGAAAGACCAUGAAUGGAACCUUUUGCAUCGUCUUUUCUAUAUCGUAGGUAUCAUGACAAACCGAGGUCACCAAGUGUGCAAUUGUUGAGGUUUUCUUGUGUUUUAGUACGUGGAGAUGUAGACGUUACAACGGUCCAAGAAUACCGCUCCGAGGUAGAGACGAACAAUAUUUCUUAUCAGGUUUCUCUUCAUACUUCUUAUGAUGAUGAAUUUAUUUGCGGAGGAACCAUUGUAGACGCCACUCACAUACUCACCGUGGCUCAUCGACUUUUCUACAACUGGGGUGGAGUGUUACCCCCAAUAAUAGUCUCAGUAAAGGGUGGCAGAAAUAAUCUAAUUGGAAAUGCUUCUUUUACCUUUGGAGCGAAAAAUGUUACAUUUCAUCCAUCAUUUAACAAAGGAACGCUAGAUUAUGAUUUAGCAGUGAUUGAGAUUGAUGGACAGUUUCCUUUCAACGUUUGGAACAGAACUACUAUUACAGGAAAAUUUAUAGAUGAUAUAACUUCUUAUGAAGAUUGCUAUCUAACAGGAUGGAAUGAGGUGAGUCAUUUUUUUUAA